AUGGCGCAUCAAGGUGCCUAUGGCGGAGGUGCACCGCCUGCGAAUCCCUUUGCUGGCGCUGCAGCUUAUCGUGACGAUGUAGGCAGCGAAGCCAGCGGUUUCGGACCAGCCGAGAGGAGGGAUACGUUUCAAUCCGAAGGCAGCGUUUCCGAUCUCCUGCCCAACCAAGGAUACGAUGCCAACGACUCCUACGAAGGCGGCCAAGGCAAUGCAUAUAGUCAGGAGUCGUUCUCUCGGGGCGGCAAUGGCUCCGCAGCGGGAUACGGUGGCAAUUACGCGGCCUCCGGUAUAUCGAGCCCUUACACAGACUAUCCCGGCAGUGCAAAUCCAGGUGGAUACACGCAGAGAGAGCCCUACCCAGCUUGGACAGUCGAGCACAACAUUCCUCUUUCCAAAGAGGAGAUCGAGGACAUUUUCAUUGACUUGGCAAACAAGUUCGGUUUCCAGCGCGACUCGAUGCGCAACAUGUACGACCACCUCAUGAUCAUGCUCGACUCACGCUCUUCACGCAUGAGCCCAGCACAGGCGCUGCUGACCCUGCACGCGGACUACAUCGGCGGAGAACACGCCAACUACCGCAAGUGGUACUUUGCCGCUCAAUUGGAUCUCGACGACGCCAUUGGCAAGGUACAGAACCCUGGUCUUGCCCGUGCUGCCAGCAUGGCCCGAGGCGGACGCAAUGCCAAAGGUGCGAAGGCGGCUGCAGCAGGUCCUCAGGGCAAGUCUUUGCAGAGCGCCGAGACGCGAUGGCGAGACGCGAUGAACAGGAUGAGCGAGUACGAUCGCUUGCGCCAGAUUGCACUCUAUCUGCUUUGCUGGGGCGAGGGCGGCCAAGUUCGUUUCGUCCCCGAGUGUCUAUGCUUCAUCUUCAAGUGCGCAGACGACUAUUACCGUUCUCCAGAGUGCCAGAACCGCAUGGAGCCGGUGCCCGAAGGUCUCUAUCUAAGGGCGGUUGUCAAGCCACUCUACCGUUUCCUGCGCGAUCAGGUCUUCGAGGUAGUGGAUGGCAAGUUCGUGAAGAAGGAAAGAGACCACGACAAAAUCAUUGGCUACGACGAUGUGAACCAGCUGUUUUGGUACCCUGAAGGCAUCGGCCGGAUCGUCUUGAACGACAAGACCAGAUUGGUUGAUGUGCCUGCGAAUCAACGUUUCAUGAAGUUCGACAAGAUCGAUUGGCCUCGUGUCUUUUUCAAGACUUACAAGGAGAAGCGCAGGUGAGUUUGACAGCACUAGCGGUUGCCACUUUGGUGUUGCAGCGAAGCUGAAUACGAGUCGUCGCCAUUCCGCAGCUUCUUCCAUUUGCUGGUCAACUUCAAUCGUAUUUGGAUCCUCCACAUUUCCGUCUUUUGGUACUACACUGCUUUCAAUGCUCCCAAGAUUUACGAGCCGUUUGAUCGUGAAGCUACUACGGCACAGUUGCUCUCUGCUUCUGCGCUUGGUGGUGCCAUGUCUACGUUCCUCAUGAUCUGCGCAACUCUGGCCGAAUUCUCGUACAUCCCGACCACUUGGAACAACACGAGUCACUUGGCUCGCCGCAUGGCCUUCUUGCUAGUUUGUCUCGUCGUUACGAUUGCUCCAGCUGUCUACAUUCACGGCAUUGUUGGACCGGACGACAAGGACGGACGGAUUCCGACCAUCGUUUCGUACGUUCACAUUGGUGUCUCUGGCUGCAUCACUGCGCUCUUCUCUCUCGUCCCAUCCGGCAGAAUGUUUGGCGAUCGAGUGGCAGGCAAGGCUCGGAAGUAUUUGGCCAACCAAACCUUCACUGCAAGCUACCCUCCACUCCGCGGCAACCAUCGUUUCUUCAGCAUCCUGCUUUGGGCACUGGUCUUUGGUUGCAAGCUUACUGAAAGCUACUUCUUCUUGACGCUGUCGUUCCGCGACCCUCUGGCGAUCAUGAUCACCAUGAAGGUACAGGGAUGCAACGACAAGUACUUCGGCACAUCUCUCUGCUCCAAUCAACCUGCCUUCGCUUUGACCGCCAUGGUCAUCAUGGACCUUGCACUCUUCUUCUUGGACACAUUCCUGGUGAGCUGCCGCUCUGACCGUCAUUUUCUGGCGCAUCGCCCGCUGAUUCAGGUCUUUUCAAAUCCCGCAGUGGUACGUCAUCUGGAACACUGUCUUCAGCAUUGGCUGGGCUUUCUCGAUGGGUCUGUCCAUCUGGACACCAUGGAGUGACAUCUUCCAGAGGCUCCCCAAGCGCAUCUACGCCAAGCUGCUCGCGACAGCUGACAUGGAAAUCAAGUACAAGCCCAAGGUACUUGUCUCCCAGGUCUGGAACGCUAUCAUCAUCUCGAUGUACCGCGAGCACUUGUUGUCGAUCGACCACGUCCAAAAGCUUUUGUACCACCAGGUUCCAUCGGGAGACGAGGGGAAGCGCACAUUGCGAGCGCCCACCUUCUUCAUCAGCCAGACCGACAAGGGCAUCAAACCCGAGUUCUUCCCCAAGGGCUCUGAGGCCGAACGUCGCAUCAGCUUCUUUGCUCAGUCUCUCACGACCACGCUACCGGAGCCAUUGCCCAUUGACGCUAUGCCUACCUUCACCGUGCUGACUCCCCACUACUCGGAGAAGAUUUUGCUCUCGCUUCGUGAAAUCAUCCGUGAGGAAGACCAAAACACCCGUGUCACGCUGCUCGAAUACUUGAAGCAGCUGCAUCCCGUUGAAUGGGACAACUUCGUCAAGGACACCAAGAUUCUCGCCGAGGAGACCGGAGCUAUGGCUGGCUCAUCUCCUUUUGGUGGCGAUAAUGGAAGCGACGAGAAGAGUGGCACCAAAGGUAGUGCGAAGACGGAUGACCUGCCCUUCUACUGCAUCGGUUUCAAGUCUGCUGCGCCCGAAUACACCCUCCGUACCCGUAUCUGGUCGUCCCUCCGAGCUCAGACGCUGUACCGCACAGUAUCUGGUUUCAUGAACUACAGCAAGGCCAUCAAGCUUCUGUACCGUGUCGAAAACCCCGAGGUCGUCCAGCUCUUUGGUGGCAACACGGAAAAGCUCGAGCGCGAGCUCGAGCGCAUGAGCCGAAGGAAGUUCAAGUUUUGCAUUUCCAUGCAGCGAUACUCGAAGUUCAACAAGGAAGAGCACGAGAACACCGAGUUCUUGCUCCGUGCCUACCCCGACUUGCAAAUCGCGUACCUCGACGAGGAAGCUCCGCGCAAGGAGGGAGGAGAAUCUCGCUGGUUCUCGGCGCUGGUGGAUGGCCAUUCCGAGAUUCUGCCAAACGGCAAACGCAGACCCAAAUUCCGCAUCGAGCUCCCCGGCAACCCAAUUCUCGGAGACGGUAAAUCGGACAACCAGAACCAUGCCAUCAUCUUCCACCGUGGUGAAUACGUUCAGCUUAUCGAUGCUAAUCAGGACAACUACCUCGAAGAGUGUCUCAAGAUCCGCUCUGUCCUCGGAGAAUUCGAGCAGUUCAAUGUCUCUAACCAGAAUCCGUACGGUCCUGGCCACGCUGAAUUCUCUCAAGCGCCCGUGGCCAUUCUCGGCGCUCGCGAGUACAUCUUCUCGGAGAACAUUGGUAUUCUUGGUGACGUCGCUGCCGGAAAGGAACAGACGUUCGGUACCAUGGCUGGUCGUGGUCUCGCGCAAAUUGGCGGUAAGCUGCAUUAUGGUCAUCCGGACUUCCUCAACGCGCUCUUCAUGACCACGCGCGGUGGUGUCUCGAAGGCUCAAAAGGGUCUACACCUCAACGAAGAUAUUUACGCUGGUAUGACAGCCUUUGGCCGUGGUGGUCGCAUCAAGCACUGCGAGUACUACCAAUGCGGUAAAGGACGUGACCUGGGAUUCGGCACCAUUCUCAACUUUACCACCAAGCUCGGCAACGGUAUGGGAGAGCAGAUGCUAUCGCGCGAAUACUACUAUCUCGGUACGCAGCUCCCGGUUGACAGGUUCCUGACUUUCUACUACGGCCACCCCGGCUUCCACAUCAACAACAUUCUCGUCAUCAUGUCGGUACACCUGUUCUUGUGGGCCAUGGUGUUCAUCGGCACGCUCAACUCUCAGCUCAGCGUUUGCGAAUCGACCAACAGCGAAUACCAAGUUGGCACUGGAGGAUGCUACUACCUGUCGCCCGUGUUCCAGUGGAUCCGCCGCACGAUCAUUUCGAUCUUCUUGGUCUUCAUGAUUGCCUUCUUGCCGCUCUUCUUGCAAGAGUUGACAGAGCGCGGUGCCGUCUCGGCCGUCAUUCGUUUGGCGAAGCACUUCUUGAGCUUGAGUCCAGUCUUUGAGGUGUUCUCCACUCAAAUUUACAGCCACUCGAUCAUUUCCAACUUGACGUUCGGUGGUGCACGCUACAUUGCCACCGGUCGUGGCUUCGCCACCACGCGCCAGUCCUUCGCUUUGCUCUACUCGCGAUUUGCUGGUCCGUCGAUCUACUCUGGAAUGCGGUUGCUGUUGCUGUUACUCUACGUGACGCUUACGCUGUGGAUGCCACACCUGAUCUACUUUUGGAUUUCGAUCCUAGCACUGUGCGUUGCACCUUUCCUAUUCAACCCACACCAGUUCUCCAUCCCGGACUUCGUCAUCGACUACCGCGAAUUCCUACGCUGGAUGUCGCGCGGAAACUCUCGCUCGCACGCCAACUCCUGGAUUGGAUACUGCCGUCUCAGUCGUACAAAAGUCACGGGAUACAAGAAGAAGCGUCUGGGCCACCCAAGCGAAAAGCUCGCCGGUGAUGUCCCACGUGCCAGCUGGCGCACCAUUCUAUUCGGCGAGAUCGUUGGUCCGAUCAUCCAAGCCAUUGUCUUCACCGUUGCGUACGCCUUCGUCAAGAGCUUCCACGAGCGUGGUGACCCGCCCAUGGGUGCCAUCGCUCGUCUGGCCAUCAUCGCCCUUGGGCCCUUGGUCUGGAACGCGGCUGUCCUGCUCGUGCUGUUUCUGGUGUCCAUGUUCUUGGGACCAGCGUUGAACAAUUGCUGCGCCAAGUUUGGAUCGAUCAUGGCGUCCAUUGCCCACUUGCUCGCCGUCGUCGGCAUCGUUGCGUUCUUCGAAUUCUUCUGGUUCCUGGAGCUGUGGCGAACAAGUCAUGCCGUCCUUGGUAUCAUUGCCGUCGUCAUGAUCCAGCGCGCCAUCUUCAAGAUCCUGAUUUCUCUUGUCAUCUCGAGAGAGCUCAAGCACGACGAGACCAACCGAGCUUGGUGGACUGGGCGCUGGUACGGUAGAGGACUGGGUGGUCACGCUUUCAGCCAGCCAGCAAGAGAGUUCGUCGUCAAGAUCAUUGAGAUGAGCUUGUACAGCGCCGACAUGGUCUGCUGCCACAUUCUCCUCUUUGGCUUGUCGAUCCCGAUGCUCAUUCCCUACAUGAAUCGACUGCAGAGCACUGCGCUAUUCUGGUUGCGACCAAGCAGGCAAAUUCGCGCCCCGAUCUUCAGCUUGAGAGCGAGGAAACAACGGAGAAGCAUUGUCAUCAGAUAUGGCAUACUCUUCGUUCUCACCUUUGCUCUCUUCAUUGCGCUCAUCGUUCUGCCGAUCAUCUUUGCGGACACGAUCGACCUCAACUGCUCGUUCUGCAAGUCACUUUAA